AUGGCUGAAAGAAGCGAAGGUAAAGUUCUAAAAUAAUUAUAGGAUUUUUCGUACUUUUAUAAUACGAGUUUAUAUGCACACACGGAGAAGUUUAAAACCUAACAAAUAAGUUUAUUAGCCAAUGCAAACUAAAACUUAUGGAACAAUAUUAAAUUUUGCACGUUUAUUCAUUUGGUUAUUUACUGUAACUACAUAACGCGUAUUAAACGAGACUGCAGACUUUAGGAAAAACUAAAAAAAUGUUUCUUCUUAAUUAUUAUACCUACACCAUGCAUGCAAUUUGUCUUGCAACUUAAUUGUCUCCGCGCAAUUGUGUUAGUAGGUAAAGCGCACAACAAUCACUUAAGAGUUAAGACGUAGAUAAUUUAGAAAUAUUAAUUAAUUUAAACUUUUUCUAGGGCUGCCCGAGAUCUCUUGUUAUAUACACGCGGUAUCACCUGUCAAGAAAUCAAAUGGGUCUUCGUAUAUUAAUUGCGAUCUUCAGACUGAGACACAAGUAGUAAGAGCUGUGUGCUUUGAAGUCGGCAAAAAGCAAAGCUUGGAAUCUUUGGCUAAUCAAAAGUCACCAGUGAAGAUCAGGAAUUACACUAUUAGUAAAAAGUAUGGCCGAGAAGAUGUCGUUAUCACCAGGAAAACGAAUCUAAUCCCAACUGUUGUUCAUUACGAUUAUCAGGAAUUGGAUAAAAACAUAUCGAUCUCCACCAUAUCACACGUGGCAGGUGAACAACUUGUGCGUGUGAAAGGGGAAGUGCAGCAGCUGUCAAGUACAAAAACUGUUGUGUUUGACGAAGUCCCAGUAAAAAAACAACAAUGUUUCAUUGUUGACCCUUCUGGGUUUAUAAAGCUGGUGCUUUAUGGAAAACAUGCCGACACACUUGAGGAAGGGAAAGUUUUCUCAUUCAACAGAGUUCGAGUAAAGAUAACCAAAAAUGAGAGAUAUGUUAAUACGCCCAAAAAUGAGAGCGAGUGUGUCAUCUCUCCAGAUGAAUCUUUCACUGAAGCCUUGCCUUCUGUGGAGACGACUGUUUCUCCUGUUUUGGAAGGGACCGGCGAAAUCCUUGGGGUGACAAACAUAUCAAAAACACAGUGUUGUUGUUCCUGUAAUAAAAAGGUUUUUAUCAAUGGCAACUUGGCAACUUGUGAAAGCUGCAAAAUGGUACAAAAAGCUAGAUCAUGCAAAGUGCAGUGGUACCUUAGAUUAUAUAUAGAAGUAAAUGGUAACAGUCAACAAAGGCUGCGUUUAACAGCUUUUAAUGAUACUGCAAAUAAGUUACUUAGGAUCGGUAAUCUUGCUCCAACAGCAACACACGAGGAGUUCACUCAGUGCAUGUUAAACUUAGAUCCUCUAUUUAUAUCAUAUGAUAUACAAACCAACAAACUGAUUAAUGUGGAUAUUAUUGAUAUUUAA